AUGUCGCUCACUCUUCCAAUGGCCGAGGACCGCGGCCACGCCCUCUCCUGUCGGUCACGCCCACAGCCGCCCCCUCUCCGUACGCUGUUCGGGCCACGCCCCCGCAGUCGAGCAGACGCCAUUUCCGCGGCGCCAGCGUGGGCCCCGGGAGUUUCUGGCAUGUGGGCCCCGGGCCGCGGGCUGUGGGACCUGGGUCCCGGGCUCAGGGCGCUGCUUGGCCGUUACGAUGGCUUCCCCGGCCCGGCUCGAGGCGUGUGUGUGACAGCUGUCUGCUGCGGGAGCAAAAAUUUGCUCAAGAAAUUCGCUUCGAAAGCCAAGAAGAAAUUCUGGUACGACGGACCCUCAUUGGGGUCACACUUGACCCACAAACCCUCCAGGCUGGAGGCCCUGAUGGGCAGAACCCCUCGGAAGGCCCAAAAGGAAGACCAUGUGCGCCUGCGGGCCUUGAACGGCCUUCUCCACAAAGCGCUGGCUGAUUUGCUGUGCACACCAGAAGUGAGCCAGGAGGUCUGCGACCUGAACGUGGAACUCUCCAAGGUUUCUGUCUCUGCAGACCUCUCUGCCUGCCGCGUGUACUGGAAGGCAAGUCUCUGCACCACCCAGAACCAGCGCACGGCAGCCAUCCUGCAGAGGAGUGCUGCACACGUGAGGCAUCUUCUACUGGCCCAGCAGACCCUGCAGAAUGUCCCUCCAAUCGUGUUCAUUCAAGACAAAAAGAGUGCGGUCCUGGCCAAGGUUGAUGAGCUGCUAGCAGUGGCUGACUUUGGAUCUACAGGUGGACGAGAUGAUGCCAUGCAGGAGGAUCUCAGGGACUCUGACUCCCCAUCCUAUUGCGAUACCGCUGCUCCCACCAUGCCUUGGAAUCUCUGUGGCAUCGAUCAUGAGGCACUCAACAAGCAAAUCACCGAGUACAAACAGAGGAAGAGAAAGGACAGGGUAUGGCUCACUCAUGACAAGAGCCAGCAGCUAAGCUGACAAAGCAGGCAAGAAAGAAGAGGCCCAAGCCCUGUGCCAGCCACUUUCCCCAAGAGUCACCUGUUGGCUCAACAGGUAACAGUCUGGACUCAGUGCCAGACCUGGCAGUGAAGGGAGGAGGCAGCAGCCUAAGAGGGAAAGGCUGAAGCCCUGGCUCUACCCCUUUGGCUUGCCAGAGCUGGGCUGGCUGUGGCAAAGCGUCUGCCUGUCCAUGUGACUGAAUGUGACUUCCUGCUUUUCCUCAGUGUGUAAUAAAAUAAACAAAUGCC